UCCCAUUGAAGCGUGCCGCAUUCCCUUAACCUAUACAAACGCCAACCUCUACCAACUACAGACAUGGAAAAAACAUCCUCCGACCUGGAUCUCCCAGGAUUUAGGUUCCACCCAACAGAAGAAGAGCUCCUUGAUUUCUAUCUGAAGGGUAUUCUCUACGGCAAAAAGCUUAGCUUUGAUAUCAUUGGGACCCUCAACUUGUAUCGCCAUGACCCUUGGGAGUUGCCAGCGUUGGCGAAGAUAGGCGAGCGGGAAUGGUACUUCUUCGUGCCGAGAGACAGACGUCAUGCGAACGGGGGACGUCCGAAUCGUACGACUGAGAAUGGAUUUUGGAAGGCAACGGGUUCGGAUCGUCAGAUACGAAGCGUGAAGGACCCGAAACGGGUUAUUGGAUUGAGGAAGACGCUUGUUUUUUACAAGGGAAGAGCCCCACGAGGGUGUAAGACGGACUGGGUCAUGAACGAGUAUAGAGUGCCAGACACAUGUCCUUCACCAAAGGAAGACAUAGUGCUUUGCAAGAUCUACAGGAAAGCCACGUCUUUAAAGGUGCUUGAGCAAAGAGCAGCCAUGGAAGAAGACAUGAGGACAUCACAAGUUUGCAUCUCUGAGGCAGACAUGGUUUUGUCGCCCGAGCAAGAGAACUUGCCAAUGACAAUGAUGCCUACGAAGGAGGAUGUUUGGGAGGAGGAGGAAAAGAAGAAUAAGAAUGAGAAAGAGAGCGAGGUUUCAUCAAAGCAAAUGAGUUGGGCAAAAGACAACCUGCCCGAGCUUCAAUUGCCAAAGUUCAACAUGGAAUGGAUGCAGGACACUUUUUCCUUGCGUAGCCCAUGGCUCGAGAACUGGACUCCUUAUGCAAAUGUGUUGAACUUUUAGAACCGAAAGAGGUGAAUGAUCUUCAAUCUGUAGAUAGUUUUAAUUUAAUCGCACCUCGACAGGCUUUCUCAGGGCUGAUUUCGGGAGUUGAAUGGAUUUCGAGUGAAAAAAACAGCUGCCUUUUCCUUUAAUGUAGAAAAUAAUAGGUGUUUAUUAUUUUUUGUAAGUAACCAUCGCACUCUAUGCUUUGCCGUGUCGAUGAACGGAUAUAUUCUCCUGUUUA